AUGUUACUUUACGCUCAGCGGGAGAACACGAGGCAAAGACAAUCGGGACUCUUCGUUGAUAUAAUCCCACAAUCCAAUGACAGCUGUCUCAAAAUCGGAGAGAUUCCGAAGCAAAUAUACGGCCUAGCCACACCACAAUUUGUGGAGAUGGACUUCAGCACGGGCUCGUUAUCAAAUUACAGCGAUCUGGAGAUUGAGGAGAAUCUUAAGCAAAUAUAUGACUCAACCUUAGCACCGGUUGGAGUCAACUCUUUAGCGAGCCCAUCGUCAAAUGACAGCGAUCUGGAAAGCGAGGAAGCCGGAAACAGAUAG